UGCACGCGGGGCGGAUGAGCAGCUGCGCCGGGUGGAAGUGGGGGAUCCGCGCUCGGGUCCCGGCGGCCGUGGGAGGCCAUGGCGGGGCACGGGUCGGCCGGGGCAGCCAGACGAGCUGCCGCCGCCUGGGAGAUCUCGGACUCGGACAGCGAGGAGCCGCCGGGCGGGGGCGGGUCCCUCCGUGUGCCGACGCCCCCGCGGGACCCCGCGCCCUGCCCGAGCCGUAGCAGGCAGCGGAGGACGAGGAGCCUUGGGGUCGGGGUUGGGGCAGCGGGGCUCGGCAGGGAGCAGCAGAGGGCGGACAGGGCGCGGAAGAAGGCGCAGGACGCGCUGGAGAAGCGGCAGCGCCGGGAGGCGGCCCAGGCCCUGCGGCCCGAGCAGUGUCUGAAGUACGUGGCCGUGUGCGUGCACCCAGGUCUUCUGGAAGAUCCUGGAUCAGAUGCCUUGAUUGAAGCUUUGAGUUCCUUGGAGUGUAGCUACUACAUUGAGCCUCAGGCAGUGCCCUACAGUAUAACCUGGAGGAGAAAUAUUCCUCACAGUUUAUCCAGUACAGAUGGUCCCACGAUGAAGUCUGAAGAGGAAAAAGAGGUGCUGGUGCUGGUAGAUCCGAGGGACUUUCUCAAGCGUCUCUUUUCUGUACUUCAGAGUCUAAGCAGUGCUCCAUCAGACAGCAGGCCUGAUCUCAGCCAGGUGUUGCCUUUGGAUGGUCCGGAGGACCCCCCCACAAAAAAUUGCAGCCUGGUUGUCAUUGGACUGGAUGCCUACAGAUGGUACAAUCGGGGUUGGGACAGGCAGCAGGCACUGUGCUCUGGAGAACAGGAUCAGCAGGAGGAUCCCAGAUUCCAGCCUGGCCCAGAGCUGUCAAUGACACAGCAGGAGAUAGAGGAGGUGCUGGUGGUGCUGCAGCUGUGGGCUAACACUAUGGUAUCGUUCCUGGACACGUGGCAGGAAUUCAGUCAGCAUGUCUCCGCACUGACUAAAGCAAUAGCAAAACGCCCAUACAAGAAACAACGGGAUACUGAAUUAUUCUCCUUCUGCACUGAUGGGAAGUGGUCCAGUGGUGUGCGAGUGGAGAAGGAUGGGACAGGACUCCGACAGGCAUGGAAGAGACAAAUCCAGCAGUUUAACAGAGUCAGCCCUGCUGCGGCAGCAGCCAUAGCAGAAGCAUAUCCCUCCCCAAGCCUGCUGCUUCAGGCCUAUGAAGAGUGCAGCACAGAGAAUGACAGACUUCACCUCCUGAGUGACAUCCAGGUAAAGCCAGAGGAUGGUGGGAGAGAACGGCGGAUUGGCCCAGACAUAUCACGCCGAGUUUAUCUUUUCAUGGUGUCCACCAGUCCAGACCUUGUUUUGGAUCUGAGUGCGUAGUGGGGCUCAGAAGGUGGGAGAUGGACCAGUUAUUACAUCUGUGGAGACCCAGCUGCGGCGGAGGAGCUAGUGGUACAACCAGGAUACUGUGAGUCCUGUGUGGGGUGGCUGCAGAUUCUUGUGCGGGAUGAAGACUUGCAGCUCAAUAAAUGUCUUAUGAAUGCUU